AUGGAAGGUUACGAGAUUCUUGGUUUCUUAGGAAUUCUAAGGGAGUGCAUAAAGGUUAUAUCCAAAAAUGGGAAGCUCAUAGCCACCAUAACCACAAUCUCCAUCCUCCUAAACUCCUUCCUCUUGUUCAUAAAGUCCUUCUCCACCAACACUGUGAUCGAUGAUCUGCUCACCCAAGAAACCCUUCUCUCUCUUUCAAACUCAAAUAUCACAAAUAUCGUUGAUACGUUCGAACAUAUCAAGAAAGAUGUUCAAGUCAUCAUUGGAUUUGAAUUCCUAUAUUUGCUUCCUUCCUUGGCUAUCUACCUAUUUUCCUUGGUCACAAUGAUUCUGGCAUCCGCCAUAGCCUACAGCGAUAAGAACUUGUCUUUUGAGGAUUUUCUUUCGAGAAUCCCAAAGUUGUGUUUAAGAACUUUAGUCACGUCGUUCCAUCUAAUACUUUUCACAAUAGGUUACAUCGGUCUUUUCUCGACUUUGCUGAUUUCUCUAAUGAUAUUAACUAUGGAUCACCCUCUUGUCCUAAUACCCGUCGUCAUUACAUUUGGUUUGUUUGCCUCCAUUUUCUGGAUGUACUUCGCCUUCAUUUGGGAUGUCACCUUGGUGAUUUCGGUGAUGAAAAAGAAUUGUUAUGGACUUCAGGCACUGGGAAAAGCCGGAGGGCUUGUUAAAGGGAAUAGGCUCCAUGGGCUUGCACUAAGUUUUUCCUACACAAUGGGUAACGGUGAUUAUUUGUAUGAGUUUCAGGGGUAA